AUGGGGUACCUGCCGUCCCUGAGCAGCAAGGCGGCGCACUUCGUGUCCGACCUCACCACCGUCAUCCUCAACCCCGUCUCCGAGCGCGAGACCUCCCACCUCCCCGAGGUUGACGAAGUGCAAGAAAAUUUGGAGGAUGAUAAAGAUUCUGAGCACAAUUCUGAUAGCCUUGAUGGCCCUGACACCUCUUCCUUUAGAGCAUUCUUGAUCUCGUUUUUGUCAUCAUCGAGCUCUAAUACCGAUUCAAUGGAGAUAAUUCCUGAGCAGAACGGGGACAUGGGUUACCCUACCUUAACACCCAUGGGUAAGGGAAGCAAGGGAAGAACAGGUCUGAUAAGUAGGGGGAAGCAUUCCAUCGGUAAAAUCAUUAACAAGGCGGCAAGGAUUGGUGGUUUCAAACAAACAACUGCAGAGCCUAAAAUUGACAGGGAGGCAGUAACUCAUACUGAACCAGAUCAACCUGUAUUGGAGCGCCAGGAACCAAAGGAAGCUGCUUCCUUCAGUAGUUUGCCAACUAUAUCGGAACCAUCUGUUCUUUUGUCAGAACUGAUGCGAUCCAUUCUUUAUGCCUCUCUCCCGGUUCUUGCCCAGGGAAGGAACUGGGUCUUGCUAUACAGUACAUGGAGGCAUGGCAUAUCUUUAUCUACUUUAUAUAGAAGGAGCAUGCUUUGCCCUGGUUUCUCACUCUUGGUUGUUGGGGAUAGAGAAGGUACGGUUUUUGGUGGUUUAGUUGAGGCCCCAUUGCAGCCAUCCAGUUCAAAGAAGUAUCAGGGGACCAAUAAUUCCUUUGUUUUCACUAAUUUACACAAUCGCCCUGUCAUAUAUCGACCCACAGGCGCAAAUAACUAUUUUACGGUGUGCUCCACCGACUAUAUGGCUCUGGGGGGAGGUGGUCAUUUUGCACUUUAUCUUGAUGCAGACCUUUUGACUGGUUCAAGUUCUAAUUCAGAGACUUUUAACAACGGGUGUUUAUCGCAUUCUCCAGACUUCUCAGUGAAAGAUGUUGAGCUUUGGGGCUUCGUCUACCCUUCCAAAUACGAGGAGAUGCUGACACUCUGUCGGACUGAGAAACCUGGAAUCUGUCGAUGGUGA